AGGAGUGCAGGUCACGUGGUCACAUCGAUGCCCAUCGCUAUUAUAAAAUUCCAUCCGUCUGGGCUGGAUUAAAUUAAUUAGGUGGAAGGGUUUGAUGCAUAAAAAAUCAUGUGCUCUGAUUCAGAACGGUUUCUUUUAGUUUAGAUGGCUCUAGCACUGGUUCUCUUUCAGAGGAAGAUUUAUGACUAACUUUAGGAUUAGUCAGCUAGCUCCUGUCUGGUUUGCUAUAGGCUGUGUCAGUGGUGAGUCAAGAGGGAAGAACACCCAUCAUAUACGUUGCCUAGGAAGUUUGUAUGAUACAGUUCUCCGUGAUUUCAUCUUUCCGUUAAAGAAGGGUUCGACUCGUCGUCUCUUGGGGACACACUGGUCUUUCAUAAGGACUUAUUUUGUUGCCCCUUGCUGCAGGCCGACAUGGAGAGGAAGGAAAAGAAAAGUCCGUUAUUUCCAGGAGGAUCUGAGCAGAGUGCUGACAAAGGUUCCCCCUGUGACACUGACAGUGCAGUGGCCAGCAGAGAGAGGUCUUGCCAGAAGAUGAAUGUCAUCAAAGACAACAGAGACCUGGCCUGUUUCUACACCACCAAACACUCCUGGAGGGGAAAGUACAAACGAGUCUUCUCUGUGGGCACUCAUGGCAUUACCACGUACAACCCCACCACGCUCGAAGUCACAAACCAGUGGCCGUACGGGGACAUCUGUGGCAUCACCCCGGUGGGAAAGGGCCAGGGCACCGAGUUCAACCUCACAUUCCGCAAGGGCAGUGGCAAAAAGUCAGAAACGCUCAAGUUCUCCACAGAGCACCGGACAGAGCUACUCACAGAGGCACUGAGAUUCAGGACAGACUUCUCGGAGGGAAAGAUAACUGGCAGGCGCUACAACUGUUACAAGCACCACUGGAGCGACACGCGGAAGUCGGUGAGCCUGGAGGUGACCCCGGGUGGCAUCGACCAGAUCGACCCCCAGACCAACCGGGUGAUAUGCUCCUACGACUACCGCUCCGUGGAGGGCUUCGCAGAGGUCAACGACUACCAGGGGGGCUUCUGCAUCCUCUAUGGGGGCUUCAGCCGCCUGCACCUGUUUGCGUCAGAGCACCGGGACGAGAUCAUCAAAAGCGCCAUUGAGCACGCGGGCAACUUCAUCGGCAUCACGCUGCGGCUGCGUAAGGACCCGCUGACCUUCGAGGACUUUGUGACGGACCGACUCGGGAAGUACGGCUCAGACGAGUCCAUCACCUCCCUGGCUGAGUUUGUGGUGCAGAAGAUCUCCCCACGCCACUCGGAGCCCGUCAAGAGGAUCCUGUGCCUGACAGAGACAUGUCUGGUGGAGAGAGAUCCAGCUUCCUACAACAUAGUCACCAUCAAGCCCUUUGGAGAGGUGUUUGCUCUCAUCUGCGAUGCGGAGAACCCCCAGGUGUUCACCAUAGAGUUCAUCAGAGGCCAGAUCAGGAAGUACUGCUCCACAGACAGGGACUCCCUGAUGGCCAGCCUGCUGGACGGGGUGCGUGCGUCGGGUAACAGGGACGUGUGUGUGAAGAUGGCCCCCACCCAGCGGGGCCAGCGCUGGGGCCUACUGAGCAUGCCUGUGGACGAGGAAGUGGAGAGCCUGCACCUCAAAUUUCUGGCAACGCCCCCUAAUGGAAACUUUGCAGACGCAGUGUUCAGAUUCAACGCUAACGUAUCUUACAGCGGUGUGCUGCACGCCGUCACCCAAGAUGGUCUGUUUUCAGAGAACAAGGAGAAGCUGAUAAGCAAUGCUGUCUUGGCCCUGCUGUCACAGGAGUGUGAGCUGCCGGGCCCCAACGCCGAGCUGGAGAGCCACUUCCAGGCACUCCGACGCCUGGUGGCCUCCAAGGCCGGCUUCCAGGCAUUCACACAGCUUCCCAAGUCGGGUCAAGGGUCUGGAUUCACAGAUGGAACGUUCCGGGAGAAGUUGGGGGUGAAAACGGUGAAAGCUCUGAAGAGGAACAACAACGGAGUGACACACGCCGCCGUAGACAUGCUCUGUGCUCUUAUGUGUCCGAUGCACGAUGACUAUGACCUGCGACAGGAGCAACUGAACAAGGCCUCCCUGAUGUCCUCCAAGAAGUUCCUGGAGAACCUUCUAGAGAAGUUCGUCAGCAACGUGAACCACGGCACGGGGGCUCUGGUGAUCAGCUCGCUGCUGGACUUCCUGACUUUUGCCCUGUGCGCACCCUACAGCGAGACCAGCGAGGGACAGCAGUUUGACAUGCUGCUGGAGAUGGUGGCCUCCAACGGACGCACCCUCUUCAAACUCUUCCAGCACCCCUCUAUGGCCAUUGUGAAGGGAGCGGGCCUGGUGAUGAAGGCCAUCAUCGAGGAGGGGGAUAAGGAGAUAGCCACUAAGAUGCAGGAACUGGCUCUGAGUGAGGGAGCCCUACCCAGACACCUGCACACCUCUAUGUUCACCAUCAGCUCAGACCAGAGGAUGCUCACCAACAGGCAGCUGAGUCGUCACCUGGUGGGCUUGUGGACAGCAGAGAACCCCAUCGCCAUGAGCCUCCUCAAGAGAAUACUGCCGACGGGMCUGCUGGCGUACCUGGACAGCCCUGAUGCCGUCCCGGAGAAAGACGUGGACAGGAUGCACAUCCGGGACAAUGUCAAAAUCGCCACGGACCAAUUUGGUCAGCAAAAGGUGCCCGACUGGCAGCGGGUGGCGGGCAAGGCAGCCAAAGAGGUGGAGAAGUUUGCCAAGGAGAAGGCUGACAUCGUGCUAAUGCACUGGAGGGACAAAAUGGGUAUCGCCCAGAAGGAGGACAGAAAUAACCUGAACCCCAACCAAAAACCUGUCAUUCUGAGGAAGAGGAGACAGAGGAUCAAGAUCGAAGCCAACUGGGAGCUCUUCUACUACAGGUUCCAGUUGGACCACGCGCGGUCCAACCUCAUCUGGAACCUGAAGACGCGGGAGGAGCUGCGGGACGCUCUGGAGGGAGAGAUGAGGGCCUUUGGCGUGGACCGCGAGCUGGGCAACGCUAGCGUCAUCUCCUGGAACCACCAGGAGUUUGAGGUGAGGUACGAGUGUCUUUCGGAUGAGAUUAAGAUUGGUGAUUAUUACCUGCGUCUGCUGCUGGAAGAGGAUGAGACGGACGAGUCGGGGGCCAUCAAGAGAUCGUACGAGUUCUUCAAUGAGCUCUACCACCGUUUCCUGCUCACCCCCAAAGUCUCCAUGAAGUGCCUGUGCCUGCAGGCUCUCACCGUCGUCUAUGGGAAGUGCUGCGAGGAGAUCGGCCCCUUUACCGACACCAAGUACAUCGUUGGCAUGCUGGACCGGUCUACAGACAAACUGGAAAGAGACAGACUGAUCCUAUUCCUUAACAAACUCAUCCUCAACAAGAAAAAUGUGAAGGAGUUGAUGGACUCCAAUGGAGUCCGCAUCCUAGUAGACCUGCUCACCCUGGCCCACCUACACACCAGCCGAGCCACCGUCCCACUACAGAGCAACGUGAUCGAGGCCGGGGCAGACAUGAAGAGGGAGAGCGAGAAGGAGUGGUACUUUGGGAACGCAGACAAAGAGAGGAGGGGCCCCUUCAGUUUUGAAGAGAUGCAGGAGUUCUGGAGCAAUGGAGUGCUGACGGCCAAGACGAGGUGCUGGGCCCAGGGCAUGGACGGCUGGCGCCCCCUGCAGGCCAUCCCGCAACUCAAGUGGUGCCUGCUGGCCAGCGGGCAGGCGGUGAUGAACGAGACGGACCUGGCCACGCUCAUCCUCAACAUGCUCAUCACCAUGUGCUCCUACUACCCCAGCAGGGACCAGGACAAUGCCAUUAUUCGUCCCUUACCCAAGAUCAAGAGAAUGGUCAGCGAUAACACCUGCCUCCCUCACAUUGUCCAGCUGCUGCUGACCUUUGACCCCAUCCUGGUGGAGAAGGUGGCCAACGUGCUGUACCUGGUGAUGCAGGACAACCCCAACCUGCAGCGCCUCUACCUCACCGGCAUCUUCUUCUUCAUUAUGAUGUACACCGGCUCCAACGUGCUGCCUGUGGCCAGGUUCCUGAAGUACUGUCACCUGAAGCAGGCCUUCAAGUCAGAGGAGGCCAAAGGUACAGACAUCGUCCAGCGCAGUGUGCUGGGGCCGGUGAUGCCUGAGGCCAUGGUGUGUUACCUGGAGAACUACGAGGCAGAACGCUUCUCCGAGAUCUUCCUGGGAGAGUUUGACACGCCAGAGGCCAUCUGGAGCAGCGAGAUGAGGCGGAUGAUGAUUGAGAAAAUCGCGACCCACCUGGCUGACUUCAGCCCACGGCUGUACAGCAACACACGAGCCCUCUACCAGUACUGCCCCAUCCCUGUAGUCAGCUUCCCCCAGCUGGAGAACGAGCUCUUCUGUAACAUCUACUACCUCCGCCACCUGUGUGACGCCAACCGCUUCCCCAACUGGCCCAUCCGAGAGCCCGUGAAGCUGCUGAAGGACACCCUGGAGGCCUGGAAGAGGGAGGUGGAGAAGAAGCCUCCCUCCAUGUCUGUGGACGACGCCUACGAAGUCCUCAACCUGCCCAAGGGACAGGGACAACAUGAGGAGAGUAAGAUCAGGAAGGCCUACUUCAGACUGGCCCAGAAGUACCACCCGGACAAGAACCCAGAGGGCAGGGAUAUGUUUGAGAAGGUCAACAAGGCCUAUGAAUUCCUGUGCACCAAGUCGUCCCGCAUCAUCGACGGCCCCGACCCCGAGAACAUCAUCCUCAUCCUCAAAGCCCAGAGCAUCCUCUUCAACAGACACAAACAAGAACUGGAACCCUACAAGUAUGCCGGCUACCCCAUGCUCAUCAAGACCAUCACCAUGGAGACGGGUGAUGAGCAGCUGUUCUCCAAGACUUCCCCCCUGCUCCCGGCUGCAAUCGAGCUGGCCUUCCACACGGUCAACUGCUCCGCCCUAAACGCUGAGGAACUACGCAGAGAAAGUGGCAUCGAGAUUCUGUUGGAUGCGCUAUCCCGGUGUGUUGCUGUUUUAACCGCUUCCAGCAAGUCUGAUGACAUGGCUGUUCAAGUGUGCGGCCAGGUGUGUAAGUGCUACAGUGUAGCGGCUCAGUUUGAGGAGUGCCGGGAAAAGAUCAUCGAGCUCCCCAACAUCAUCAGGGACCUCUGUCACGUGCUCUACUAUGGGAAGGGUCUCCCGCGGACGGCGGCGCUGGCCGUGCAGUGCGUCAGCUCCUUCGCUGUGGAUUACUUCCUGCAGACGCACCUGUACCACGCCGGCGUGCUCUGGCACCUCCUGGUGCACCUGUUCAACUACGACUACACGCUGGAGGAGAGCGGCGUGGCCACCAGCCAGGAUACCAACCAGCAGGAGGUGGCCAACAGCCUGGCCAAGCUCAGCCUAGUGGCCCUUAGCCGUCUGGGGGGCUACGCCCCACCCACCGGAGAGGGAGGUGUAGUGGAGACUAACGGAGUGGAGGGGCAACCCCCGGAGAACCCGACGAUUCGUAAGAGCCUGGCAGCCAUGCUCACACCCUAUAUUUCGAGGAGGUUAGGGUCGGCGGUACCGGCUGAGGUGUUGAAGCUGCUGAACAGUAACUCUGAGAAUCCCUACCUUAUCUGGAACAACGGGACCCGGGCCGAGCUGCUGGAAUUCCUGGAGGCCCAGCAGGAGGGCAACAUCAGGAGGGGGGAGAACGAUAAGAGCUUUGGCUCAGAGUUUGUGUUCAGCGACCACGGUAAAGAGCUGAUCGUGGGCGAGAUCUUUGUCAGGGUCUACAACGAGCAGCCUGCCUAUCCUCUGGAGUACCCCAAGGCAUUUGCAGCCAGCCUGCUGGACUACGUGGGCUCCCAGGCCCAGUACCUCACCACCCUGCUGGCCAUGUCCCAGAGCAACAAGGUGGAGUCCCAGCAGCAUGCCGAGAGGCUCCGCUGGGCCGAGAUGGCCCUGGAGGCCCUCCGCAACGUCAUCAAGAACAACCCAGGUUCGGAGACGGAGUGCAUCGGCCAUUUCAAGCUGCUGUUCUCCUUGUUACGGGUUCACGGGGCUGGGAAGGUACAGCAGCUCGCUCUGGAGGUUGUGAACACGGUCACCUCCAACCAGGACUGUGUGGCCAACAUCGCUGAGUCCCUGGUGCUGUCCAACUUACUGGUGCUACUUCACUCUCUGCCCUCCAGCCGGCAGCUUGUACUGGAAACUUUAUACGCCUUGACCUCCAACACCAAGAUAGUCAAAGAAGCUAUGACUAAGGGUGCGUUGAUCUACCUGCUCGACCUCUUCUGUAACUCCACCCACCCCCAGGUGCGCUCCCAGACGGCCGAGCUCUUCUCCAAAAUGACCUCUGACAAGCUGGUGGGGCCAAAGGUGCGGCUGACUCUGAUGCGUUUCCUGCCGGGCGUGUUCAUGGACGCCAUGCGGGACAACGCGGAGGCGGCAGUGCACAUCUUCGAGGGGACGCACGAGAACCCUGAGCUCAUCUGGAACGACGGCUCCCGGGAGACUGUCUCCACCACCGUCCGUGAGAUGAUGCUCGAGCACUUCAAACAGCAAAAGGAUAAUCCUGAUGUUAACUGGAGACUUCCAGAGGAGUUCACGGUGGCGUAUGGGGCGGGGCAGGGUGAGCUGGCGGUGGGCGGAGUCUUCCUGCGUAUCUUCAUCGCUCAGCCAGGCUGGGUGCUGCGCAAACCCAGGGAGUUCCUAGUGUCCCUCCUGGAGACCCUUACUGAGCUGUACGAGAAAAACAACCCCAAUGGUGAGGCCCUGGAGACGGUUACCACGGCGGCGGUGUGUUUGUUCAGCACACAGACCCAGCUGUGUGACCAGGUCCCUCCCCUGGGCCACCUGCCUCGCAUCCUGGCUGCGCUGACCCACAAGAACAACGCCGUGCCCAAGAGCUCCAUCCGCCUCAUCCACGUGCUGUCGGACAACGAACAAUGUGUGCGCUCCAUGGCCUCUCUGGAGACCAUCGGUCCUCUGAUGAGCGGGAUGAAGAUGAGGGCAGACAUGGCAGGACUGGCCUGCGAGGCGCUCAACCGCAUGUUCCAGAGAGAGCAGACUGACCUGGUGGCUCAGGCCCUACGAGUGGAUUUGGUGCCGUACCUUCUGCGGCUACUGGAAGGGAUCGGGCUGGAGACCUUAGACAACCCCUCGGCCACCAAGGCUCAGAUCGUCAAGGCUCUCAAGUCCAUGACACGCAGUCUGCAGUAUGGCGAACAGGUGAAUGAAAUCUUGGCUCGGUCCACUGUGUGGAGUGCCUUCAAAGACCAGAAACAUGACCUAUUCAUCUCCGAGUCCCAGACCGCUGGGUACCUCACAGGUCCAGGUGUAGCAGGCUACCUUACAGCAGGAACCGGCUCCACAGUGCUGCCCAGCGUUCCGCCCCCUGUGGACAAUGACAUUGGAGACUCAGGCUGAUUUGACUGACAGACGGAGAGAGAGAAGUGCUCAGGCAUCCAGACUACCCUGUGGCUCACAGGCUGCAGCUCAGAGAGACUGCUCAGGGCUCUAGAGGGAGGAAGGAGAGGGGGCCAUCACAGACUAUCAUUGACUGUCUCCAAAAUGUCUGCCCUCAAACCCUUAAAAUGUCACUCUCCUUCCCCGCCUCCAAACAGCACUCGUUGUAAACCUUUGUUUGAUUGUUUUAAAGCAAAUGAUAACACUUGUCAUCGAGUCGACCUUUUUUUUUUCUUCUGUUUUUCCGCUUUGUUUUUUCCAAUGAGACAAAUAGUUUACUUUUGUAUGAAUAUAUUUUUUAAUCUUAAUUGUUUUGUGUGGGGGGAAAGACGAACAGAAGAAAAUUUGGACCUACCUCCCUCCAUUUUCUUCUCCUUCCUCUCUCCAUCAUGCCCGGUCUCACUGCUCUGCCUGGCAGCACAUACCCUCACAGAUCACAGCCACGAGUCCUGAAGGAGGGUACAUUAUGUGUAUCCGGCCUGAACAUGUGAUCACUGGAAAAAGAUGAACUUAAUCUCCUCCGAUCACCUGUUUACAGGACCAGUCAAACCUUUCCUAAUUUUAUAAUAUGUUUUAGUGUCGUAUGGAAAAGGUUGAAAAAUGUUGUAAGGAGGAACUCAAAGAACUGUGGUGUAUUAUUGCUCUGGACCCCCCUCCCCUCCCCUCCUCUAAAGGGAACAGCGCCGGGGACUUUGAGACAGAUGCUGACGUCUAGUCUUGCCCUGUCUACCCCUUUUUGAAGUGGUCACAUGUGCGUUCAUUGUCUCCUUUCUGUAUUACCCCAAUCAUGAUGAUCCUGCUCCAUACUUUGCUCUGCUCACUCUCUUUGAAGUUUGACCUUUCUGCCACCACCAACAAAAUAUUUUUUGUUAUUUUCCUUCCCCAGAAUGCAAAAAGCACUCUAAUAUUUAUAGGUAAAUAACGGUCUUUACCAAUUCAAAUGAGCUUCUGCUGAGACAUGAGGAAUGAUGCUGACUCUGAUUAUAAAUAUAUGUGAAAGACUAGUGCAAUUGUGAAAUGUUCAAUGUAAUAUGACAAACUUUCUAUAUUGAAUGUACAUUUUAAAAGAAUCAGUCGCACUUGUAAAUACAAUUUUAGGAAAUAAAAAGGGAAUCCACACUUGU